ACCGAGUCCAACGAGAAGACGCGAUCCAACAACCACGCCGAUCGAGAGCGAUCUCGAUCGAUCGCCGGACAGACGCCGCCGCACGCCCGCAGCUCGGUCCGUCCAGCCAUGGUGUGGAAGAGGAAGAGCGGCGGCGGCGGGGACGAGGAGGAGAGGGUGCCCAGGGGCCACGUCCCCAUGGUGGUGGCCGGCGGAGGCGAGCGCGUGUUGGUGCCGGUGCGGCUGCUCAGCGACCCGCGCGUCGCGGAGCUGCUGGAAAUGGCGGCGCAGCGGUACGGGUACGGCCAGCCGGGCGUGCUGCGGGUGCCCUGCGACGCGGGGCGGUUCCGCCAGGUCGUCGACGGCGCCAUGCAGAGACUAGUAGAGCUGCAUGGCCACGAGAUGGGAGGACGCGCCCCCCAUGUGUGCGGCGACAGUGCUUGUAGUCUUGUACUCCUACCAGAUGAUUGAUUAGCUUAAUCUGUGAUAGGAUAGAUCGACCAUAUUUCCUAGAUGUAGGGAGCUUACCAAUGAAUGAUGAUUCUUAUUAGCUGAUAUUCUCCGUUGUUGAAUAAACGGUGCAAAUUAGGUGCGGAUACCUGCUCAGGACUUCUAAAAUGAAAACUGCAGUUUCUCUACA